AUGAACCGCAAAUCCCGGAAAUAGAGUAGAAAGCCAGUUACAGUGAGAGGAAGGGAGAGCAGCUUCCGGUUCAGACAUGCUUUGUUUUGGGAUAAAUGAAUAGCACAAGCUGUGCAUCUCACUAAGUGACGCAGUCAGUCUGAGGACAUUCUCAGCGAGCAAUCUGACUACGGCUUUAAUAAUGAACAACAACCGGAAUCGGGUGGCUGAGCGGAUCUUGGGUUUCACCAUGGAGAUCAUCUACCUGCUGACUGGACAGGAUUACAUGGUUAUGAAGAAGCCCUGUGACCGUAUGUCACCCAGCAGUAGUCCCCAUGUAUUAGAACCAUAUUGCAGCAUUCAGAAUCCCAGAAUGGCUCCUCUACCUCCCUUGCUGUUCUACGAGAUAAACAAUGAUCAGAAGAUCCUGGAACUGACCAAUCGGAUCACUGAGCUGCUGACUGGAGAGGUUCCUGUAAGGUGUGAGGAUGUCGCUGUCUAUUUCUCCAUGGAGGAGUUGGAAUAUAUAGAAGGACAUAAGGAUCUCUACAAGAACAUAAUGAUGGAGAACCACCAGCCCCUCAGCUCACUGGAUUUGCCCAAGGCCAAAACAUCUUCUACAUUUGAAGCAUGUAUUACUUCAGUGUCCUGUUUAAACCAAGAAAGAUGCAUACAUAAAUCUAACCUUGAAACAGAAUUGGCAUCAGCGUGUAAAGCAAACACAAGCAACAGGGGGGAAAGAGACAUCUCUACACCCACAGAACAAUCACAGAAAGAACAUCCAUCUACUCAUAUUAAGAUGGAACCAGCCUCAUGUGAAGAAGGAAAUCUCACAGACAAUUCUACACCCACAGAACAUCCACAGACAGAACAUCCAUCUAUUCAUAUUAAGAUGGAACCAGCCUCAUGUGAAGAAGGAAAUCUCACAGACAAUUCUACACCCACAGAACAUACACAGACAGAACAUCCAUCUACUCAUAUUAAGGAAGAACCAACUUCAUGUGAAGAAGGAAAUCUCACAGACAUGUAUACACCAUCAGAACAUCUACAGACCGAAUAUCAAUCUACUCAUAUUAAGGAGGAACCAACCUCUUGUGUAGAAGGAAAUCUUCCAGACAUUUAUACACCCACAGAACAUCCACAGAUAAAAUAUCCAACUAAUCAUAUUAAGGAGGAGCCAGCCUCAUGUGAAGAAGGGCAUCUCACAGACUCUGAAAUGUAUUCACCCACAGAGCAUACAGAGAGAGAGUACACAGCAAAUCAAAUUAAGGAGGGGCCAGUCUCAUCUGAAGAAGAAAAUCUCACAGAAAUGUAUACAUCUACAGAAUAUCCACAGAAUGAAUGUCCAUCUGCGCAGAUGGAGAAACUGACCUGUGAGAAAUAUUGUCUUACUCAUUCUAUAAUUUACACAAAAGAGAGAUCGGUACCAAUUUCUAACUGUGCAAAAUGUUUUGUGAAUAACUCUGAGAAUUUUAGCAGUACAAGAAUUCAUGAGGAAGAAAAACCAUAUUCUUGUUCUGAGUGUGGGAGGUGUUUUAAUCAGAAAGGAAUUCUUGAAAUACAUCAAAGAACUCAUACAGGGGAAAAGCCAUAUUCUUGUCCUAAAUGUGGGAAAUGUUUUACCAGAAAUUCAUACCUUGUCCAACAUCAAAGAACUCACACAGGAGAGAAACCAUUCUCCUGCCCUGAAUGUGGGAAUUGUUUUAGGCAUAAACAGAAUCUUAAUUCACAUCUGAAGCUGCACACAGUGAAGACCACUUAUUACUGUUCUGAAUGUGGGAAAUGUUUUAAGCAGAAGUCAUAUCUUUCUAAACAUUUUAAAAUUCACAAGGGAGAAAGGUCAUAUUCCUGUUCUAAAUGUGGGAAAUGCUUUAGACAGUCAACAAAUCUUAUUUCACAUAUGAAAAUUCAUUCUUGAUAGAAAUAAUUUUCUUAUGAAGAAUUUGUUUUCAUGGUACUGAAGAAAUAGCCCUCACGUGUUAGGAUGUAUUAGCCCUUUCCCACUUGUAGAGGUAGACUAAAUAUUCCCACAUGAUCCCCAGUUCAGGUUCUGGCUCUAAUUGAAGAGGUAGUGUAUGUUAGAAAGUAGAGAUUAGAUCUCAUGCUUUUAUUUUUAUGGUCAAAAACUAGAGCCAUACUCCUCUGCUUCCAGUGCAGUUUUCAGUAGGGUUGCAGGAAGCUGAUGGAUUUUAGAAGAAAGUUCUAUAAGUUCCAAAACCAGUUGAUAAGUUGUCUGCUGUUUCUAUGAAGAAUCAUUCAUAGCUAAAUUAACCAUUGUUCUUAGCUGAGUACAUCUCUACAAAGGGUAGAUGGAUUUUACCCUUUUCCAUAUAGAAUUGCAUAGGCCACCAAUAUUUAAUGCUAUUUUGACCUGUAGAUGCCCUGUCUAGGGUACUUGGGGUAAAACUGAUCAUACCUAUUUUUCCCCUCAACCAGUCUAGUCCAAGGAGACAUUGCAGGGACAAACAGACAUUAAUUUAUUUUGAGAUUGGUCUCUGUUAGAAUGUGCAAUACAGAUGAUAUAGGGGUCUAUAGACUGGUGAGCUAGCUCUGUGCUAAAUAGACUGUUUCAUAUGUGAUUGUUGUAAUAUAAGUUUCCCACUCCUGUCAAGGUGCAACAGCUUUUUCAUAAUCAUGUUCAUUUUGUCAAUUCAACAACCACCUUUGUCUGCUAAUGUUUAUUUUACCCCCCUCUUGUGCACAGACUGGUUAUGAGGGAAAUGCCUGCGUCGCGGGGCAGUGUUUACCUUCUCUCCUAGGCUGGGGAGGGUGGCUAAUCACUCCUUUUGAACAAUUCGCUGCUAUUCAGUAAUAUCUCACUAUAACUGUCAAUAUAUGACUCCUGUCCAAAUAAAGCGACACAUUCUCUGUU